AAACGCCGGAACCAACAAUCGCCAGUUUAAUUGUGCCGUCGGGAAGAAAUAACUGGCGCACCAUGAAAGUAUCGGGUUAAAAUUUCAUAACGCGUGAGUCUGCCUUAAUGAUUGUGUUAAAAUCUCACCCUGUGAAAUGACCGAGGAGGACGGCAAGACCCAGGGCAUGAAAGUCUUGGGCAUCCUGGACAUCCACAACACACCCUGUGCUCGUGAAGCGAUUCUGCAUGGAGCAGCGGGUUCAGUCGCCGCAGGACUACUGCACUUUCUGGCAACCAGUCGAGUAAAGAGGUCGUUUGAUGUGGGUGUUGCAGGAUUCAUGAUCACAACACUGGGCUCAUGGUUCUACUGCAGAUAUAAUAAUGCCAAGCUGCGGUUUCAGCAGAGAAUCAUUCAAGAAGGCUUAAAGAAUAAAGUCUUCUACGAAGGCACGGAUUUAGAUCCCACACUGAAGAAGACGGGGGAUAAGUAAAUCUUCCAUGUCUGACUACAAAAUCAUGUCAUUUAUGUGAUGGCUGCUGUAUUUAUUGUGUAAUUAAAUGUCAAAUGUUUCUAAUAAAGUCUUUCUUUGUUUUAUUAUAAACAAA